GGAGCAGAAGGCAGAUUGCGGGAUGCAAUAAGGUAAAGACGCGUGGGCUGUCGUCUUCUCCGCCACCCCUUCAUUUCAUUUACAUGACCACGCGCCCCCACCCCACUAGUACUCCACUACUGCCAUUUCCAUACCUCUCUCUCUCUCUCUCCCACGUCCACUCUUCUUCCAAACCCACCGCCCUAUACAUACACACACAUAUAUAUAUAUAUAUGUAUAUAACUCGGCUUGCACUGAAGCCUUAGCCUCUACGAUCUUUUUGAGCCAUCAAUAAAAAGAAGUUGACUGAUCAGGUUCCGCCGUCGAAUUCAGUCGGAGAUUUUGAGAGAGAGGAGAGUGGUUAGUCAUGGUGGAGCCCUUAUUAAUAUCGAAUCCGGAUACGAAUUCGAGUCCGUCUCGUAAGAAGCGACGAAAAAUGGGGCGCGAAUCCGCAGCCCGAACUCCGGCGGAGCCGUGCGGGGCCAGAUGGAGAACCGAAACAGAGCAACAGGUCUAUUCGGCAAAGCUUUCCGACGCACUGCGCCACCUCCGUUUCCCUGAUUCGGCCGACGCCAGUGUCCGCUCCGUCCGCGACGCCGCAGACCGAGUCCUCGCCGUCUCCGCCAAGGGCAGAACUCGCUGGAGUCGGGCGAUGCUGACCAGCCGGCUAGGGCGCCGGCUAGCCCAGAUCAACAAGAAACACAAGAGAGCCGCUAGACCGGACGGCAGGUUUAAAAAACCGGCAGUUCAGAGGAAACUGCCGCCACUGCAGAGGAAAGUGCGGUCCUUGAGUCGGCUGAUUCCUGGAUGCCAGAAUCUCUCCCUGCCGAAUCUUCUAGAAGAAACGAUUGACUAUAUUGCGGCCUUGGAAAUGCAAGUCAAAGCUAUGGCUUUUCUGACGGGACUCCUAAACGGCGCCAACUCCGAUGGCAAUGGAGGCGGCGGAUCGGUAAGCCGAUGGCGGCCAAUAUUCUAGUUCAUCUUAGGUGGUCUUUGUCCAAUUUUUGGUGUUACAUCUUUUUAUUUAAAUGCUCAAUAUGUUAAUAAUUACGAAGAUUAAUUAAUUUAAUUUCCAUAAACCACUUGUCCAAUUCAUAAGAUUACAACCCAAUAAUCAAAAUGUUUCUAAAAUAAGUAAAUUA